UUUGUUGUUGUGCAGCCGAAGUCUUAUCUCACUGUUCAACUGGGCAGAGAAGAUUCAAGAUGUACGUAAAGAUAAUAGUCAUCAGCUUGCUUGUGUUGCUGUUUCAACAUUGUGUCAAGAUAUAUUUCCUGAUGGGGUUUACCAAGCAUGUAUUCAACCAUUACCCGGGCCGUUGUCAUCAAGUUGAAGGAAUGGGUUUUGGAUCGGAAAACAUGCAUAUGUUGCCGAAUGGGAUGACAUUCAUUACAUCAGGAUUUCGGGUAAAUGAAAACCCAUCAAACUAUGAUAAGUUUUAUAAACAAAACAACAUCAAGGGGAGGAUCUACUUGUUCAACAUGAAGAACCCGAGGAAGGUGGUGCAGGAGAUGACGCUGACGUCCACGGAGAAUUUUGACAAGGACAGGCUCCAGCCCCAUGGCAUCAGUGCUUGGGAGGACAAGGAUACAGGCGCAGUGUACCUAUUUGUUGUCAACCACGAAAAGGACGGACAGGAGAAGAUCGAGAAAUUCCAGGUGUCAUUUGAGAAACUUGCACUGCAGCAUGUGAAAUCCUACUACGGUGAUCCAACUCUGAAACAGGUGAAUGAUGUUGUGGCCACCAGUGAAGACAGCUUCUACUACACCAACUACCUGACAACUUCCAGUCACUUAAAACGGAUGUUUGAAACCCUUGCCUUGAUGCCCUGGGCGGAUGUGGGUUACUUCGAUGGUACAGCAUAUCGUAUAGUGGCUGAUGGAAUCAUUAUGGCUAACGGUGUACAGUUAUCCAGAGAUGGAAGAUUUGUCUAUGUUGCUGCCAGUAUGGGACAUGAGUUGAGGAUCUACGAGAGAAGAAAUGAUAACUCUAUACACCUGAGAGAGAUCUAUCCCCUUCACGCAGCACCUGACAACGUUAUCGUUGAUCCUGUCUCAGGUGACCUCUACAUCGGGCUACAUCCCAUUGGUUACCAGGCCAUGGCUUACCUUGACGACCCUUCUGUCAGGUCACCGUCACAGGUCCUGCAGAUAAAACUGAAGGAUGGAUCUGUAUCUUCUGUGACAGAAUUGUUCACUGAUGACGGAAACCUGAUAUCUGCGUCAACUGUUGCAACUGUUUACAACAAGAAGAUGCUGAUUGGCUCCAUACUUGACAAGCUUGUAUAUUGUGAUGUCGAUGUGCCGCUCUAGAUUUAGUAAUUCCUAAACAUGGCUGAGUUAAUUCCAGUAUUAUUUUUUCUCUAAUCCUUGAAAAGGUUUUAAACUCAUAAGCUGUAGUUUGAAAGGAAAAGUAAAUGAGCAAUGUAAAUACUGGAGAAAUUGUAAGAAAAAGUGAUUUUUCACUAGACAUACUGAACAAUAUUCUGAGGGUGGUCUGUUUUUGUGGCUUGAGAGCUUUAUUUUGUUGGAAUGGGUUUUUCAAUCACUGCUUUAGGACAUACAAUUUAUUUGACAAUUUAUUAUUCAGGAUAAACAGUUAUUUCAGGACACAAUUAUUUCCAGAUUUCCAGCAGUAUUUUAUAAAAUUCUUUAAAAUCCCCUUAAAUACCCUAUUCUGUUCCUUGUAGUGGAACAGUAUUUACGGGUAACUGUUAAUAUGGUGAUAGAAACACAGAAAUAUGUAUAGUCAUAGUUGGAUUAACUAACUAAGAAGCAUUAAUCAUUAUCCACUGGAAAUUCAAGAUGGUCGUCAUUUUUCCAAGAUGGCUGCCAAUUUUCCUUGCAAGAGUCCAUAUUCGUAAUUGUUAAUGACUUCUUUUCUUAUUUUCUGUGUACAUUUUCUACUUGCUAUUAUGCUGCAUCUAAUUAUGGUCCUGAUUAUUCUAAGAAUCCGACUCAAGAGCUUUAAUUCUUUCAAAAUCCACUCAGUUUCAUUUGUCAGAGUGGCCAUCAUAUCCCCUACCACAAAGCUCAAAAUGUAAAUGACUUGCAAAUCAUGACAUUCCUCCACUUUCAGUAUUGUAGUGGUAUCAUGUCUUGUCUAGUUCUACCAUGACUCUUGUCUAAUUCUACAAAAGAGUAGAAUAAAACUUCUUAUCAUAUAAAUUCAUAUUUGAUUUUUAAUUCCUUAUUUAUACAUAUGUUAGUGUACAUUUUUGUGCAUGUGUACAACAACGACUAGUUAGAAUGCACACCUAAUUCAUUGGUUCAUUAUACCUGUGUAUGAAAUAAGCCAAAACCCAGCCACACAUCAGGGUGGGUAACUUCAAAAUGUUUUCAGCCCCAAAUGGAUUUAACCAGACUAGACAAUCCAAAGAAAUUUACUCAGAUGUAUGGAAC